UGUUAGAUAUAAAAGGAUACACAAGCUAUUAUGACUUCAUUUGCAACUGAACCAGAAACCAGGCCAAAACCUUUUUCUAUCUCCUCUGCAAAACUCAAAUCAACAACUCGUACGGUUCCAAUCAAGCAAAGAUGGUUAAUGCUAAAUCCGAGUUACAUCAGAAGAGUGUCCUUCAAAUCAAGCAAGAUGACAAAUUCUUCUGCAGGCUACUCUCAAAGGAAAGUUCCAUGGCCAACCCUUCUUUCAGAAUGGCCCUUGCUGUGCCAUUUGUGUGGGAAUCUCAGCCAGGCACACCCAAACACACAUUCUCAGAGGACACUCUCCCUCCUCUUACUCCUCCACCUUCUUAUCAUUUUAACUUCAGUGCCUACAAAAAGAAAGAGAAGAAGCACUCAAAAUCCAAUCUCUUGCUCACUUUGCUACCAAAACUUAACCUCAAGAAAAUGAUUCUCUCAUCCUCAUACUCUUCAUGGUCAUCAUCAUCAAACUCCUCCAAAGUUGUCCCUAUGGCCAAGUUUGGAAAGAAGAAGCUCUUAGGCUAUGGAUCAUCCAAUGAUAAUGAAGGAGGUGGUGCUAGUUCACCUUCUUCCAAGUUAUGCUUUACCAUUCCUCGAGCCUCAAGUUCUUAAGGUACUCGUUGUUAUCAAAGCUUGGCCUUGGAUCUGAAGAGGACAAUGUGCUGCUUAUAUAGUUUUUCUUUGUAAAUUUUUCUAGCUUAUACUCUCUUAGAGGACAAUAUAUUUUCUAUGCUAGAAUUUGUCUUUGAGAGUUUUGUCCUCUCAAAUCACAAGCUUGCUUCCAAGGACAUAUAUUUUCUGGUGUGUGAGUGUAUCUUAAACAUUUUGUGCAGUUUGAAAUUAUCACAGUCCCUUUUUUUGUUCUUA